AUCAGGAUUCAAGAUAUAAUUUAGCAGAAGCUUAAUGUUUGCCAUCACAAGCAUAUUCUAUAUCUAUCCCGGUGUCAUGAAUACCAAAUACAAACUAAAUCAACUAGAUUAUAAUGAUUAGAUCUUUCAAAGUGAUUCCUGUUGUAUGCGAAAUACCAAACCCCUGAGUGACCUGACCCUAGUCAGUCUACGAUUCUACAGUGUAAAUGGGUCAUUGUAAUCUAGAUUAUGAUAAUGUGCUUUAAAAUGUUCAUCUGGGAUAACAUUUUUGUUACUUCGUAGAGUCAAUUUGUAGGCUCUGAUGCGUAGAGGCUACACAUUCCAUUUAAUCUAGAUUAAAAUGACCUAUUUACUGCUUUGAUUCCAUUGAUUCCACUAAUUGUUAUAAUUAUUGUUAUAACAUCACCUAUAGGAUGUCGUGUUAAUCGGGUGUGUCUCUACUCUCAAACCUUUACUGAUAAGCUGAGAAGAAGUCGCCAGAUUCCCAAUGCCGCGAGUGCCCAAGCCCCUGGCCAGUUUCUGGGAAAGAUACGAGCCGAAGUGGUCGAUAUCGCCAGAUUGGGUCGCUGAAAGACUCCAAGUAUCUCAACUAGUUGAGGAGGUGACCCCACUAGAUCACGACGCUCCGCAAAAGGAGGGGCAUACAAGGUUCGUAUGCAUGUCAGACACUCACAGCAGAAAGUUACAGAUCGAAGUACCAGCAGGUGAUGUUUUACUGCACGCCGGGGACAUGACCAAGAUCGGGCAGCCAGGGGAAUUCGUCCAAUUCAGCAAGCUGAUGCAGUCUUUACCACACAAGUACAAGGUUGUUAUACCAGGUAACCACGAGUUAGGACUAGAUCCGACUGCUGGAAGGGGUGCGACGUACAAUAUGGCGGGAGGAAAAAGAGAUGAGUGUCUGAAGAGUAUCACCGACUGUAUCUUUCUUGAGGAUCAUUGGGUUAAGAUUAACGGAAUCAAAAUUUACGGAUCUCCAUGGCAGCCAGAGUUUGCAGCCUGGGCUUAUAAUUUAGACCGUGGAGUACCUCUUCAGAAGGUCUGGGAGAAGAUUCCUGAUGAUACUGACGUUCUUAUGACUCACGGACCUCCUAUAAGGCACGGAGAUUUGUGUAACAGUGGUCUGAGAGCGGGUUGUGUGGAUCUGAUGAGGACAAUUCAGACCAGAGUCCAUCCCAAAUACCACGUCUUCGGACACAUCCACGAGGAUCCAGGGAUGACAUCAGAUGGGGAGACAUAUUACAUAAACGCCAGCACCUGUAAUAGACAGUAUCGAGCAGUUCAGGAUUGUAUUGUAUUCGACCUUCCCAACGGACCUUUCGAACAAGAGCUGGAAAUGGGGCCGAAAGAAGAAAUUGAAUUUCCUGGACUGACAACAGAGCCAGAACUAAAGUGAAAUUCGCUGCACUCCAGAAGAUAAAUUUAACUUUACUUUUAGUUUUACUUUUACUUUAACUUUAAGAUAUUGAUAAGAACUACGUUUAGUUUUACAUUUGACAUUCAAAUUUUGUACUGCCAUUAUGCAUUAAUAUCAUGUAUUAGAUUAAGUAUUGAUUUAUUGUGGAAUUUAAAUUUGAAUUUUAUUUUGUUUUCAUUAAUAUAACUAUUAGUAUUACUGUCUUUAAAGUUAAUUAUGAUGUUGACAGGUUUUAUAUUUUGUAGACCAUAGACUACAUUUUAUAGAUUCGAUAUAUCAUAUAUAAUUUUGACUUAUCCUUUCCCAAAAAAUCAAACUACAUUUUCAAUGAUAUUUAAUGUCCCCUGUCAAAUUUAACUGGUGAUGAUCUU